UCGUACCAUGAUACCUUUUCCCCUCAGCAACCGCAUAAAUGCAAACUAAACCCCGCUACGUGGCGCUCAACCGGCCCGCAUCAGUCAAAUCUUUCUUUCUCACUGCUGAAUAGCUGUAACUACAGCGGAACCCACCCACCCCCUCUUCCGUACAGUCACCCCCCUUUCUCCCCUGCUCUUUAUGCACUGUUUCCAUCCAGAUCCACCCAGCUCCCUCGGUCAUCGGCAGGAACUAUGGUGGGUUUGAGUAUUGUGUUGGAAUCCCAGAGAGGUGUUAUUCCCACCAACACCCCUCAAGUCAUCAACAAAACCGCCAUCUCCAUCCUCCACAACGAGACACCAUGCUCUUCAAAUUCCAACCGCUCCGCUUUCCUGGACCAAUGCUUUCUCUGCAGGAACAGGCUCUCCCUCGAAAAAGACAUCUACAUGUACAAGGGAGACAAGGCCUUCUGUAGCCAGGAGUGCAGGUGCAAGCAGAUGUUCAUGGACGACGACGACGACGAAAGCAUUGACAUAGAAAAUUGUUCUUUUGCUGCCAUCAGACCCCGGUCUGCUUCUUCGCCCACUUCCCCGGCCCCACGCUAUCACCGGAAACCACCAGAAAACCGAGCUGGCGGUGGCUUCGCUUACUGAGACUGGGAGAAGCCUUUUUGUCUUUUUUUCUGGCAAUGACAUUCCAGUUUUGCCCUCGCUUUAUUUUGUAAUGGCCCGUCCUUUUGCUUCCUAGUAUGAAGCCAACACGCCCUUCCCACUUAUCAUCGUCAUCAUCAAUUUCCUUUGGCUCAAAAGCUAUGAAAAGUUGAAACGUGAAGCGCACUCUAUUCUUGUGGCCUGAAAGUGAAACCGUAGGGUUACUGGAAAUAUAUUGUGGGACAGCCAAAGGGAAGGGCACUCAUGGGACCUUGAAUAACAGAGAACGUGACUUUUGUUUAACCCUUCAGGGGGGGAGUAUGCAUGAUGCGAGAUGCGAGAUGCGAGAAGCAAUUUAAUCCUUAACUAAUAAUGAUAGAGAUGGUUGGGAGGGGGGGUAGUCUUGUGGGAGGGAAUGGUGUUUGUUUUUUAACCAAAACGACGAUGCAGAAUAGUGCUUUGGGUUUUCUGUCUCUGAUGUGAUGCCAACUCUACCUGUGUUUGUCGCCUUCAUUCAUUUGGCUCAUUCCAUAUU